AUGGAUGAGGGGGUCACUCAUGGUUUCAAUUUAGUCGAGGGAAAGGUGGACCACAGCAUGGAAGACUUCAUCGUUGCGGAAAAGAGAGAGCAUGAUGGCAUUGAACUAGGUCUAUAUGCAAUCUUUGAUGGACACUCCGGCUGCAAAGUUGCAGAGUAUUUGCAGCACCAUCUAUUCGACAAUAUCCUCAGUGAGCUGGACUUCUGGACAAGCCCGGAAUGCGCAAUCAGGCGGGCCUACAAAAAGACGGAUGACGAAAUUUUAGAGGGCGUAGUCAGCUCAAGAGGAGAUUCCACGGCGGUCACAGCUAUUCUGAUCAAUAGGGAGAAGCUGAUAGUAGCUAAUGUAGGCGACUCUCGCGCGAUCAUGUGCGAAAACGGCAAAGCUAAGCAGGUAACGGUUGAUCAUGAACCGCAAAAGGAAAGGGAGCUUGUGGAAAGCAGAGGAGGAUUUGUAUCUCAAAGACCAGGAAAUGUUCCGCGGGUGGACGGUCAACUUGCGAUGACGAGGGCUUUCGGCGAUGAGAAAGUGAAGGAUCAUAUCACAUCCGAACCUGAUAUAUUCGUCAAGAACAUCAACGAAGGCACCGAGUUCAUUCUUUUGGCAAGCGACGGCCUCUGGAAGGUAAUGUCGAAUCAAGAGACGGCAGAUCGCGUAAGGAGAUAG